AUGGUGUCCGCCUUCGUGGAGCAGCUCGGGGGCAAAUACGAGGAGUUGUCAGUCACGGUUUUGCUGGAGGUGCGCAUGUCGGAUUUGAACGGGGCUCUUGAUGCCUGCGUGCUCGAGGGCGCUCUUUUCACGGGCCUGCAGAAAGGCUCAUUGAUUCGAUUCCUCAAGCGGGUCGCCGAGGUUGGGGGCGUGGCGCCGCCCGACUUCGGGACCCUUGGCGGCAGGACGCUGGAGCCGGCAGGGGCCGGGGGCCCCGCGGCGGCGGCGAGCAGCAACACUCGGAAGCUCAAGCGCUCGAGAUUCAUCGAUCAAAGUGACGAUCGUGACUUCGAGAUGCUUCCGGAGCCCAAGCUUCGCCAGUUCGCGGCCGAGUUCGAGAAAACGCAUGGGGGGCCUCCCCGGGAGCACGAGGAGGCCUCCCCCGAGCAGCUCUCGGCGCUCGCGGCGGUGCUGGGGGAGGAUGCCGCACCCUACACCGACCUUGCGGUCUGGGGGCCGUUCGGAAAGCAGCAGCAGAAGCUGCUCCGCUUCACCGCGCAGGUGUUCGUGGGGGGCGAGCUCGUGACGCGCCAGGUGAAGGGUCCGGCCUCCUUCGACACGUGGAGGCAGUGUUGGAGGGUCUUCCGCACGGCCAUGCUCACUUUGCAGGCGUGCCUGCCCGGGCCGCUCGACGAGUACGAGGAGGGGAUGCGGCUCCUCAGCGUGGCUUUCCCGAACCAUUGGGGCAUCAUCUCCCGUGCAGACGACGAGAUGAGAUCCGAGAGGUGGGAGCGCAUUCGCAGGCGCAUCGAAUCCGAAGUCGCUGAGAACACCUACCGCGGCAGCUUCGUGCAGGACCGCCCGUGGGAGGCUGUGAUCAGGGAGAGCGCCAAGUCCGACACGGGGCCGUAUACCAAUUGGUGGUACGAGCACGUGGAUAAACUAUGCCUCAUGGUGUCGAAGGCGCCCGUGGCCCUGGCGCCUGCUGGCGCUUCGGCGGAGCCGGCGGCGGCCCCCGGGGGCGCUUCGGACUCGGGACCGGCGCCGAAGAAGGCCAGGACCAAGGACAAGAAGCAGGGCUUAGCUAGCCUGGAGCGGCGGAAGGACGGCCGGUUCCUCCGCUUUGAGGGCAAGGAGCUCUGCUUCUCCUGGAAUCGCCAGGCCUCGGGGUGCGAGCCUGGGUCCUGCCCGCAGGGCCGCGCCCACAGGUGCGAGUGGUGCCUGGGCUGCGGGAGUACGGGGGGUGGCCGUGCCAGCGCAACAGUCCUGGCAGACACGCCCGCUGCUGGGCGGAAGCGCAAGCUGGCCAAGCUGAGCGCGUCACUGUCAGCACUGUCGGUGGCGUUUGCGGCGCAGAGGGCGCGGCCGCUGGCGGAGCGCGCGCCAGCGCGCCGCCACUGCAGCCUCGGUGCUGACGAGGAGAGCCGGAGGGAGCAGAAGCACUGGGAAGACAUGCGCUGCACAGCUGGCAUGCGGAAUGCCACGUUUGCCAUUGCUGCCAGGCCAGAAGUCGGAGACGUCAUGCGGCGUGUGCGGGAGGCCAUCGUGGCUAUCCGCAGCAGCGACCCAGUCUUCCGUGGUCUCACAGAGUGCUGCGGGGCAUCGCCGUCCCGAUCGCCGCCUUCCAAGGAGGCGAUCCGCCGCCUCCGGGCCGCCGUCGGGCGAGCACUGGGGCUCCCGGAGGGCGAGGCAGAUCUCGCCCACAGCGCGUCCCCGAUACGCUACCGGCUGGUGCAGCAGUUCCUCGCGCUGACCCGGGACGCGGACGCGGCGGUCGGAUCGUGGCUGGAGUCGGGCGCCCCUAUGGGAAUUAUGCGCCAGAUUACUCCGGGGGGCCAUUUUCCCCUAGCCGAGUCGCCUCGCACGAUGAACCCGGACGAGUUGGCAGCGCAGCCUUUCGCGUUCACUGCGAACCACCCGUCCUUCGAGGACAACUAUGGGGAAGGCGAGCCGCCGACGCUGGAACUGAUCCGCGGGUAUCUGUCCAAAGAGUGCGCGGACACGUUCCCAGACGAAGCGGCGGCUGAGGCGAGACUCGGUCCGAUCUUCCCUGCUCCGCUCGGGAACGUCCAGAAAGUCAAGAAGGACGGCGCGGUGAAGAACAGGAUUAUCCAAGAUUUAAAAGCCAAUUCUGUCAACCUCACUUCGUCUACACACGAGAGGGUAGUGCUGCCGCGGGGGGUAGACCGCGGCGUCGAUCUGGCUCUCCUGGCGGAGCGCGCAGCGCGGGUCGCGGGGGGCGUCGUCAAGGUUCUUGUCUUGGAUUUCAACGACGCCUUCAUGAGCGUUCCUCUCCAUGAACAGGAGCGACGAUUCAACGUGGCAGUGCUGAAGGAGCCGCCUUCCAGCACCCACGGCCGGGUGAUCGUCUGGCGGGUGCUCGGGUUCGGGGGCAAGUCGAACCCCCUCGUAUAUUGCCGCUUCGCGUCCGCGGUCGCUCGUUCGAGCCAGGGCCUUGUCCCGGCCAGCUGUGGCCGCCUUCAACUGCGCGUCGACGACCCCGCCUUCUCCUUCGCUGGCACGGGCGCAGACGCGCAGCUCAACGCGGACGUUGUCCUUGCAUGGUGGUUGGCCUUGGGCCUGGGCCUGGCCUGGUCGAAGGGCAUUUUCGCGUCGGGCCCGCACCGGUGGAUUGGCAUCGAUUUCGAGGUGACGGACGGCGUGACGCACAUGUCCAUCCCAGCUGAGUUUCUUGAGGAAACAAUGUCGCUGCUGGAGGUGUUCGCCCAGCGGGGCGGGGUCGCGCCGAUGUCCAAAGCCCGGUCACUCGUCGGGAAAGCUGCCCGGAUUGCACAAGUCGUGCCGGACGCGACUCCCUUCGCAGGGUCAUUAUCGGCUGCGUUGGCGGCCGCCGAGUCGGCGGCUAACUCG